AUGGACGACGCCAAUGAGAACACCGAGGGCAAUAUCACCAAUUUCCGAAUGCUCACCUUUCCGCCGCCGACACAAGAGCCGUCAGAUGGUGAGCUGAUUUUCGCCGUCGCCCAUCUCGCCCUUCUCACCAUCACCCUGUGCGGCAACGUCAGCCAAUUGGUGCUCAUGCUCUAUUCGAAUCGCUUUCGUCGUCGAUCGCCGAUUCAAUUCUUCAUCGCGUCGUUGCUGAUGGCGAACGCGCUCGUCGGCGCCACCUCGCCGUGGAUCGCCAUCGAGCUUCUCAUUAGGCGAUGGAUGUUCUCGCGAGGCGCGUGCCGCACGUUCGCCGCCACAAUGCAAAUCGGCCACACGAUUCUGCCGUAUUUGAUUGGCGCAAUUUACGUGUUGACGGUUAGUCGAACGCGUCAAGCGUCGAGCUUCUUCUUCGUCUUUUCAUUUCAGACGACGUCAACGUGUCCGUCGCAUCGUUGCCGCUUCCGACAGCCCACAAUCGUCAUAGCAUUCCUAAUCAUCAUUCUGGCGCUCACAUUUUUCAUAGUGGCGCCGGUUGCGGCGAGCGCAAAAGUGAGGCGUGUUAUUGUGAACCGUCUGCGGACAACGUUCCGGGUUGCGCCACCAUCUAUUAAUUCCAUUGAAUCAUUGCAGUUGGAAUCGCGGGUUCGCAGCAAAACGCUGCAGAGCAACGAUUUCAGUGUUCGCUUCGAGACCACCUAUUGCACAAUUCCAUUUCUCACCGAUUACUAUUCGGCGGCCGUCGCCGCUCUCAUCGAAUAUAUUGUUCCGCUAACUAUAUGUGUCAUAUUUAUAAUGAAGCUCAGAAUCGAGUCAUAUCGACAAUUUUCGUUGUUCAAAAUCGAGCUUUAUCUGUGCAUCAUCACUUUGCUCCAUUUUUCGACCAGCUGGUUACACUACCUUCCAAAUGAUAUUCAGACUGUGAUUUUUUUCUUUCUACCUUCUCGUAUUAUGCCUUCCGAUGUCACCUCGCUUUUUGCUCUUGUCGCCUCAUCGCUAUCCUGGCUGCCAGCAGCCUGUCUAAGCACUCAGUGGCACAAUCAUGAGGUCGGUUAUGAUUUAAAAUCGCCGCAAAAAUUGAUGGACGGCAUGGCAGCGACACCGCUCCAACCUCACACUGUCCGCAGCAUCGAAAUUCAAGAAGUGCCCGCCUGCUGCUGCCCAUAA